AUGCAAUAUAGCGUGAAGUCUCAGAUAACACUUAAGCUACCGAAACUUCCUCCUCAUAUUCGCAUGCUUGCUAACAGGAAAAUCUGCCAGAUUGUCACUGCGAUGCAAAUUCUCUACCCCUCCCCAACCGAUCAACAGUGUAUUCGACCAGAAUCCGCUCGUCCCCACAGGCAAAUCCCCGCAGGAUGCCCACCACAUCGCACCACCCCAACCCAGCUCACCAAUAUAGACCCCACACUCUGGAAUUAUGAAAUCAGUUUGCAAACUAUGAAUGGAUUUCUCUCGUCAGUUACAGGAGCAUUUUUGAUAACUACUCCUCCAGCUCUGGCUCUGGUUCUGAAAAUCUAUCUGUGCUAA